GCUUCCUGUCUGCUAACGUGGUCGAUAUAAGCUGAAGUAGAACUGUGCAUCGAUCCAUUUUCUGUAUGAUUGAAUCAUUUGCCGAGCAUGGAAAUGGGCGAAGAGACUUUUGAAGAUAUUUUGGAGAGGAAUCGAGUGGAGAUUGUGCAGUACUUACAGCUAGAUCGAACCUUUUUGUUUGACUACCUUCGCAGUAAGGCGGUAUUCGACUUAGGAGAUUGUGAUCUUGUUAAUGCAGAAAAAACUCGUGAACAGAAAGCUGGGAAAUUACUCGACAUCCUCAUGACUAAAGGAGAGACAGGAUAUUCACACUUUAUCGAUGCCAUCCAACUACUGAACCCGCAUUUGUUCGAGAUAAUAACAGGAGAAAAGGCUACCUCAAGUAAGUAUAGUUCAUUGCGUGUCUAUAUCUGUUUUGGGUGGUGUUUACUAGGCAAUAUUAAGUGGACUUAAAAUAACGUAAGGAAAAGCUGGCCAUAGCACUGAGUAAAAGACUCUUGAAAUUCGUUGGAUUUAUUUCAAGAUACAACUACUGUAGCCAAAAUACAUAUUAUGGAUUUAUCAUGUAGGAACGCUGGUUUUCGAUCCCUUCAGCUGACUUGUGUUGUAAGACGUAUGUGAGCGAAAUUACAACCUUGCGAAUCAUCGAUCACCACCAAUUUUCAGUUCAUGCCUUUUUUAAAGUGAUUACAAUGAUGAAAUCAAGAAAAUUUCCAAAACCCAAUUAUCUUAGGCAAUGGCAAUCUUUUUAGUGGAAUUUCAUUCUUUGAAAACUUGUAGAUCAAAGAUUUCCCAUAUUGAUAUUCAAAUCACAUUUGUUGUCAAAACAUCACGAUACAUUCAAAUAGCUGAACACAGAAAUUAAACAAAAAGAGAAUUUUAAGUUGAUUACCCCAAUUUUUUCACCAGUGACUUCUAGUGCUUUAAUCAAGCAAGACAGUAAGAUUUUUUUUAUUUCGGUGAAUUAAUAUCAAGUCAUUCGAUAAUGUCAAAUGUACGUUCUGUCGUUAUAAGUUGCUAUGACUUUUUAUUGAUCCAUUAAUUUUUUGACUAUUUAUGUCUUGAAUUUAUCAAGAAAAUGAAAUCCUCAAAAUACACAUGGUUUUUUAGUGAUAUUUUUUAGAGGGCUUUCAAACUUGAACAGUAAUACUGAUUUGUGCUGUUGCUAUUAUUAUGUUCCCAUUUGAAAUAUCAAUUAUUAUGUUAAAAAUACCAAAAUAUGUUUUCUUUAAGAGAAAUUAUUACUACACACAGAAAUUAAAUAAGACAAAAAAAAACAAUACGGUAGUCUUAAAAAUAAUUGUGCCAAGUCUUAAUGAGAGAGUAUUGUCAUGAUUAUUACUGUUGAACCUCACUAUUAUUACCUCAGUUCCACCUACAACUUCCUUCAGAUGUAAUGUUUUCACUUCAAAAAUUAGACUUCAGUUCAACACUGACGCAUUGUUAUACUUUAAACACACAACACAUUGUUAUACUUUAAAAAGAAAUAUUCUAUCAUGUGAACAGGAAAUGCUUUCAUCACCCACGCUCAAAGAGAAUAGGAGUCAAUCUAAAAUUUCCCUUAUAAAAUGGUUCAUGCUGAAAACAUUUGAAGUAUGAGACAUUUAUUUACUCAACAGGGUGUCCUGACAGUAGCCACAAAAUAUGCACCUAGCUUCUUUUUUAACUUCACUGAACAGACAAACAAACUGUUGGUAAGGCAUGCCCCUGCAGACAGUCAUACUAUUAGCUAACAGUCAUACUAUUAGCUAUAGAUAUUUCAGCUGAGACAUCCACCACAGAUUUACUGCUAGUAACUGAGGACAGUUUGGUGUUGCAUUUCACCUAAAAUUGACUGCAAUCCUUGUGGUGUUGCUCCUUUCUCAAAAAGAAUGUUUCAGCUUGCACACUGAAAGAUAUGUUUUUUUUUCUCCUUUGCAUAAUUGCUUAUUUGCUAUCAUUUGCUUCUUUAUUUAAUUUUUCAUCAGUUUUUUGAUCAAUUUAUUAUUUUAUUUCAACACCAACAUCUCUGUUGUUUAUUUUUUUCCUUGUUUCUUUGUUCAUUUAUCAAGAAUUAAGCAAGAGCAAUUUUUUUUAUAAUUUUUGUGCUUUAUUCAAGAAGUGCUACUAACAUUUUAAAGGUGACCCUUCAUAAUUAAUCAUUGAUGUGAAUGUAAAUUUUCUUGAUUACCACAACUAUAUUUCAGGUUUUUUUAUAAAACCACUCAUUUUUUUCUCUUUAAACAUUGUAAAUAAAAGUGAAGGGUGUCUAGACUACAUUUGACAAUUAACCAAAAAUAGAAACAGCUUUUCAUAUUUAGCAUUCGAAAAUUUUUCAUGAGAGCAUGUUUGAUAUUACCACUUCACAUCACAUUACCUUUCAUUUCAUAUCUCAUAUCCCACAAGUGUGAAUAUUUUUUAUCGCUAAAAACACCCAAAGAACUUUCUUACAUUUUCUGCAAACAUUACAAAAAAAAUUUGAUUGUGAUUUCAAUAUUUGUGGUUGACCCUCUUCUAUGUCAGGAAAUAAACAAAUGAAAGUAGAUGCAUAACCUAAUAUGCCUCAAAAAUGCCAUAGAGAUACUAGUCUAGGAUCCUGUGCAGUCUAGGAAGAAACCUCGAAUAUAAAAAAGGAGAGAAUGCAGAAUGGAAUUUUAGAGCACAUCUCUCACAGAGGCCUAUUGCAUGUGGCUUAAUUCUAAGUUGACCCCCAAAGAUACAAAUUAAUAAAAGAGGACUCUCAUCUGGUACCAAGGAAAACAUUGAAAAUUUUCAUCUCAGUUGAUGGGAAUGACAAAAGCAAUGUUACACUUGUAUCUUUUUGCAUGUGUGUUUCUAACAAUGCCUUGAAGGAAUGUUUGAUGACUCAUCCUAAAUGUACCCAACACAAUGAAGAUCCAUGAUUUGGGCCCCUGUAAAGAAGAUUCCAUGCAUCCCAUUCCCUCCCAUGAGGGAGUUGUCACCCAUUGCCUUUUUUUGUUUCACAAGGAGAUACAGAGGGUAAAAAUAACACAUAUAAUUACCAAGCUGACAAAAUUAAAUGUAAAUGCAAGUAUGAAAGUUUUCCUCCUCAUAUUUAUGUCCUCUUUUUUAUGGAGUGAUGAAUGUUAAAAACUUCAAUCCUGAAGAUUCACUUGUUAUGAAUCAUGAUUAAUACAAAUGAGAUGCAUGUUUCUCCAGUUGUGGGAAAUUUUGGGGGAAAUUCACAUCUCACUGCUUAUUACUUGGAAAUUAUGGGAAAAACUAAACUGUGAUUAAAUCCUUUAAACCAUUUAGCAUUCUUUUUAAACAUUUGCUUCUAUUAUUUGACUUUUUAAAAACUACCUAUUACUUACAAGGGUGUCAUUUUAUAUAGAUAUCAAUCAUCUUGAGAUUUUGUGAACUGAUACUUACACUGUUCAUCACUGCCUUGAAUUCUAGUCUUGUUUUUAUCCUCUCAUCAAAUUGGAUUAGAAUUGGCUUGUGUUAUCCAAUUUUCAAUUUCUGUCCUGCAGUACAACAGAGUAGAUAAACAUAAAUGCUAUUACCGUGAGAGAAAUCUCUAUUUUGAUGGUCAGAAUUAGACCUUUUUUAAAGUCCUUUGCUCUUCAUCACUCCCUCUCCUUUUCUUGUGGAUGCACACAAAUGUAUACCAAAUUUUCAAAGCAUAACUUCUACAUACUGUACUCAUUUGAGCUUUUACUUUAUUUAUCUAUUGCAGGACCAAGCCCACUCAUGAUGGAAAGGGAAAACUUCUUUUUAGGUAAGGCUCUUCUUAGAGUUGUUAUCUCUAUUUUAUCCUGUUCCCUGUUUUUUGUUUUAUUUUUUGGAUGGCUAUAAAUGGUUAUUCAAGAAUAACAGAUGAGCCUAAUUAAUUGAAUAACCUUCACCUGAACACAUUUAUAAUUCAAUAAGAUUGAAGGGUAUUGCCUUCUAGGUGUACAGUUUAUCAAUUACAGAAUGUCAAGAAUUUGAAGUAUAUUUCAAAAAAACUUGUGGUAAAAGCUAAUGAAAGCUUUCUCAAAAAUCAGCCGAUUUUUUUUUGUAAACCCAGCUCAAGUAGUUGAGAAAAAGUGAAACAAAAAAACUUGCAACAUGAGUCAAACUUCGCUAAACAGAAAAUUGGAUUUUAUGAAAAAUAACUGAUAAGUCAUAAUGUCAUUAAAAAUUAUUUAACGCUUGGCAAAUUUCCUUAAUAAUCUUGUUUGUCUCGAAGCGGUCGUUGUUUUCCUUUGUCUCUAUCAGUCUUCCAUUGUAUUCCACUGCGCUAUCAACCAUCAAUCCCUUUCUGAUAUCAAAAUAUCUUAUCUCAAGUUUAUAGAACGAAUAUAUAGGAUUUUGGUACAAUCUUGAAGUUAAAGAACAUCUACUCUCAAGGCCUUUUUAAAAACUUACUCGUUUCUAUUGUUUCACAACUGUUCAUUUUUCUUACGUGUAAAUGAUGGAGAACUUCACUACUGUAGGUAUGCUUAUUUGCAGCAUCCUUGUGGCCUUAACACUUGUGAUCUGGUUUAUCAUUUCAAGCAAAAGUUUUGCCAAAUUCUUAUUUCAAAAAAGAAAGUUCAUCAGUUCCAGGUUAUGCUUGGUUCAAAGUGGCGGGAAAGCAUCGAGUGACCGCGCCAAUUUCCCGCGCAAAUUCUGGUCGCCACCAAUUUUCCGCGCACCCAACGAUUGCCAGAAAACAUGGCUGUCAAAAAUAUUUGCGAGGAACAUGGAAAUUCGACGGCACGUCGUACUUAAAAAAAAAGGCAAAACAGAAAAUUGAAAGUCGAGAAAUGAAGAGGUUAAGUCUCCAAUCGCUUAUUCUAGUAUAAAUUAAAUAUUUGUUCAUACUUCGUUUUGAUAAAGUACCAUGUCAGAGUAAACGUAAAGGUUGUGGGCUUAAUCUUUUCCUCUUUUGAAAAUCUGUCGCUAACGUUUCUCUGGCAUUUUCAAAGUAAGGACAGAGAAGGGCCCCUAACUUUGCCCGUUCGGCGAUGGCAACUUAAAAAGAUUGAAAAGAACAGAACAUUUGAAAAAAGUCAUAUUUCCAACUUUUUUGGGCUUCAUUCAAGAGAUCGAAAAAGGUGUAUAAAAAAUUCCUCUAUCCGAUUUCCCAUCACUGUGCCAACCAGCUAAAUCUCUACACAAUUUUUUUACGGUUGUCAUCAUCAAGUGUGAUUUCGCGAUUACAUUAGUUACAGAAUCGAAAAAGGAAACUCAAAAUGUACGAACUACACCUUUUUCUCGAAUUAUCGUGCCGAAAUUUCCGGAAAAUUUUUUGCUAAAAGGUUAUCCAUUAAUCCAUUUGGAUCUCCGGUAUUUCUUUUAUACUGGUGCAUAGACUUCCCAAUAAGGCCUGGAUUAAUCCUUGUCUUAUUUUUGUAAACAUGAAUAUAACUGAGGUAUUUGUUAUGAGUAUUGCUAAUUUUCCGGAGCUUAAUGACAUCUAGAUUUGAAAGUCAACUUCGUCAUUACACGAGAAUUUCUUGAGAAAUUGUCUGUGUCUGAUAUUUGUAAGCAAAUAUUACCACUUAAUUCUUGCAUUUAAGCUUCAUUUCUUCGGUGAAUCUGGGCAAGGUUCGGAUAUUUAUAUCAGACAAUUCUUUUGAAAUGACGUUAUCCGCACGUAUCGCGAUCCUUCUAGUGUUUUUCUCUCAAGAAUGGUGCCAAUAUAUUGCACUAUUUGUGUGUAACAUUUCCGUUCUUUGAAAGUUUUGUGUAGUUUCACUUAUUAGGUCUUCGCUCCUCGACCUCUUUAUGUCUAUGUCUUUAAUUCAGCUAAUCAUCCCAUUUUCGGUAUUGAAGUGUCGUUUCCAAAUAGCUCUCUUUUACACAAAACAAUGUUACCACGGAUUAGAUGGGUAGGAAAAAAUUAAAAUUUCAAUCACGUCCUAACUGGUUUGUUUGCCGUUUGAUUUACCGUUAUAGUUGAGCCGCCAAUACUUACCCGAAUUGAGGAGGAUGUAUUUUCUCCCAACUAAACACUAAGAUAAAGCAGUUGUGACGUUUCAAAAUCUCAAUUAGCCAACAGAGUUUACAUACAAAUAAUGUGGUCGAACAGAUUAGCAGGUAACUUGAUCUUUCGCGGCAAGCUUAUGAGUUUUAGCGAACUAAAAUUGGCAUUUCAUGUUCAAUAAACUGAUCAGGAUCUUUUGUGACCCCAAAUUUAAACUAAAUUUUCACAGCGUAAUCGAUGACGACGUACAAAAUGUGAAAUAACUGAAUCUGUAAACUACGUCAUUGUCGCGGAUUUCAAACCUGACUGAGCAUCAUUUUUUUUUCUGCCUAAUUCAACAGUUUUAACCUCACCCUAUAUCCGCUAAAAAGGGAAAACCCCACCCAUAUCCAGCACGCAUGUGCGCUAGUUUUCCGUUGCGGCAUUGCUAUUUACCAACUCAACCUUUUUCUUCCCUCUCUCAAAGCUGAAUUCGUGUCUCCGAGUUAAAAGGUUCAAAGGUCGGUUCAUUCGGUAAUAUACUAAAAAGAAACGUUGGAGCAAAUAAAUACCCUCCAAACUUGCCGACUAAAAGGAUUUUAAAAUUGUACUUAGGUAAAUUUACAGGUUUGAAAAUUUUGUUUCAAAUCUGAGCUACGCAAUCGCCUCCUUGUGUUUAAUUAUGGCUACAAUAAUUUUGGUGUUUUUUUUUUCUCUUUUUACCCCUUAUCGGUGUUUUCCCCCUUGGUUUGUGUUGUGAAUUGUGCCGGCGGAUGUUUUGUUCAAGAACCUCUUUCGCUCUGUUGUGGUAUGAAACACAGGAAUCCCUUGACCUUGAUGAAUCAAAUCAUUAAGUGAUGGUUUCCAUCCACUUGAUAUGGCUCAGUGAUGAUACUUAACUCAAGCAAAAAACAUGAAACAUUUUUACAACUGCUGUGAAAGUUUAGUACUAAAGUUCUGAGAGUAAUAAAUUCGUUGCUGUUAGGAAAAAACGAAUGAGGAUUAGCGAAAAUUACGCAGCACUAUUGCCUUGCAAAGCUAAACUGAAGACUUUAAUACGACUAAUUAGGGGAACUCACUCAAUGAAACGUUUGAAAAGAAUCAGUACGCCAAACUGAAUUCCAUUUGACACCUCUACGUAUAAAGGGAGGUAUUUCCAUGUUUCAGAGGAGUAGCGUGACUUGUUUCAAACGACUAGCUAUGCCUAAUUUUAUUCACCACUAGCUUUAGUGAAUUUACAAUUAAACGGAUGGAUGGAAAUUUUCUUUUGUCUUAUUGAUAAUAGUGCAAAUUUGGUACAAGCGAUUUAAUUUCGACGUUUAAGUCACUACCGUGCUAUACCCAUACCACUGCCGGCUCAAAUUCAUUUGAGUUCGCAUCACAGCAUAGAGACUCUUGGAAUAGGCUUCGUUCGUCCAUUUUGGAUAUUUUUUCAACCAAAAAGUAAAAGGAUGCGAAUUCUAGUCAUUUCUUUUAUGUUCCCUCAGGCACAGUUUAUAUACAGUACAAGUGCUUUCACAUUCCUUUAAGUUAUUAGGACAAGAGCCGCACUUCAAGAAGAUAUACAUGGUAUACUAGUGUUUAAACUUCCUGUCUUUUCGGGGGAAUACAGUUUUCUCUUUUAAUUCAUCGAUUCGAUUGAGGCUUAUCUUUAGCUCAUAAACAGUUAGUUCAUAAUCCGAUAUUAGGAAUUAUUUGUUACUAAUUUUGGCAUCUUUAACGUCAAUGGUAACCAAGUCAGAUCUCCUCAAUGGCACUGAGUUGCAAACUUCAUUGUACCGCUAAGGUUUAUUAACAACCUAUUCAACAUGAAAAAAAGGCAUUGGAUAUGAUAACAACAGUUCAUUUUGCCUAAACUUGUGUGACAGGCGUUUGUGGUGCUGUUUGUUUUUUUUUUUACAACCAAUAUGCCUAAAAGGAUUAAACUUGAACGUGUUAAGUGACAUGUUAAAGCAGUGAACUGUAGCUUCAUUAUGCAUUUGACUUUGAGUCGAUUUUUUCAUGAAUUUUCUCUUAUUGUUUAAUUUAGAACUCUUACCUGGUUACAUGCCACAACCCGGUUAAAUUUGGACAUAUUGUAACCCUGUAGUGUAACUACAUUUCUCAGUAAACGAUCUUAGGGUUAUUUUAUUGAAGUGCUGGUCUGGCUGCAAACUUGUUUUGUUUAUUGAAACAUAAACCCGGAAGAUAAAAACACACAACUCACACUUUAAGAAUUCCAAGGGCAUGUGUUUUAAUUUUGUAUCAUGUAUCGGUUGAUCCAGAAUAACAGUAGCCAAACCGACCAGUAGCUCUUAGAUAUAUGCUUUCAUUCGAUUGCUGUAAAUUAUUUUCCGUAACCGUAUCUUCAACGCUAGAUCUAACCUUUUCAUCGGCAAUAACAUUAAUUCUGACAUCAUUCGAGAUGGGGUUUUUACCGCCCAGGGAGGUUUACCAUCCGGUCGUCGACAUUUAUAUUCCUGUUUAUGAAGAGCGAGUUUCUUAUUUUCCCUUUCGCUUUAGGCGAAGCAAAUGCAAUCGGGUAGUUUUCUCAUAUUGGGUUUUUCACUCUUCACUGUGCAGGAUCCAAUGGUCGAGCCCCAGACUUGGACAUUAUGAGCAAUCAUUUAAAGCGAACAAUAAGCGAUCUACAAGAUUUGACGAUCCGCUACGACACAAUCCUGAAAGAAAACGAGGUACUGAAGAAGCAUUUAAGCAGAACUUCGUGCGAACUUCAGGAGAAGGAUCGGCUGAUUGAAGACCUCGAAAAGCGAAAAUUUGACACGGAGGCUCUGCUGAUGGAAUCGCACUCCAGCGCCAAGAAAUUGGUGGACGGGGCAGCCCUUCACUGCCAAGUCAAGAACAGAGAAAUGGUGGAGAGGACACAUUUUAUAAUAGCUCUUCAGAUGAAGCUUCUCACCACCAAAGAGGAAGUGGACAACUUAAAAGAGAAACUCGAGGAAACCAUGAUGAAAAAAGACGAGCUGUUGAACCGCUUUACCGAGAUUUCCAAAAAUUAUGAUAACCAGAGACGGGAAUCGAUGAAGUUGACGGAGAAAUUGGAAAUCCAGAAAGACAACAUUCAAAGGGCCGAAGAACUGAAAGUGAAAUUUCGCCAGCUCCAAUUCACCAACCAAAAGCUUAAAUCAGAAAAGGAUGAAAUGCUGAGGGAGUUGGAAGAGCUUAAGUGCUGGACAGAAGCUCUGAAAGCUCGCUACGAUAUCGUGGAAGAAGACAGAAAACAGACUCAAGAAACCCAUGAAAGUACUGUGGCAGAUUACUCAGUCCUCCGAGAUAAGGCUGACGAGCUGGAGCUUAAACUGACAAUAUCCUCUCGUGAUAUAGAAGACCUGAAGAAGCGAUGCAAAGACUUCGAGCAGACCGCGAACACCUAUCGAGAGCAGCGCGACCUGUACGAAAAAGCCUGGAAGGAAACUUCGGCAGAAAGGGAGCAGCUGAGGAAGGAAAGGGAUGAAGCCACUGUGCGUUUAACCGAAGUUAUUCGUAAUCGAGACGAAGCCAUAAAGAGGCAGAUGGAGCACAGUCGCCAGUUUGAGCUGCAGUUCAAAAGAACUUCAGAAGAUUUUCAAAGUGUCAGGGAGCGCCUCUACGAAACUCAGAUGGAGCUUGAAGAGCUUAGGAAAGUUAAGUUGCAAAGAAACUCGUCGGAUGUUGGCGAAAAUCCCUACGUUGGAAAGGUCAGUGUUAAGUGAUUAAUUUAAUGAUUUUGAUAUAUUCAUGGUAUCAGAAUUAAUAUGCUUUUCUCAUUCAAUGGCCACUUUUUCUGCAUCUUAAGUAAUAGUCGAUGUCCUGUUAGAACAGGAGCAUGUUUUUGCACUUUAUGCUAAGUGAAAAUAACAACUUAGAUAAACCGGAAAACUAGACACACUAGAGCACUUUUCUGCUUCUUUCCGAUCAGUAUCCCAGGAGACCCCAUUCGACUAUACCGUAAGUCAAGACCCCAUUCGACUAUACCGUAAGUCAGACCACCAUCAACACUUUCAGCUAGAAAAUUCUUCUUACUGAUAACCCGCAUACAUUUUCUUUUACCUGUUCAUGAGGAUCUGAUACUAUGUGGAUACCAGUUAAAGAUGCAACGAGCCGAGUGGUUAAGGCGGGGGACCUAUCUUGCGAAAACGCCUAAAACCGUUUUUUAGCAAGGAUUAGCAACAAGCUUAGUUGGAAAUUCACUGGCUCUGUUUCGUGUAGGUCGUGUAGGUCAGUUACCAAGGAAGUUAAGAUUUUGUCGCCAUGGAGCAUUACCAGAAAUUUCAGACAAAAUGGCGGACGCAAAAUUCGAUUGAUGCUUUAAAAAUGGCCGCUCACAUAAUGGAAAAAUGGGAUCAAUAUCAGUGUCUGGGCAACUGCCCACCUACCCCUCCCCUAACCCAACAUUAACCCUAAUUUGUUAUCAAUUGACUGUUGUUGGGUUAGGGGAGGGGUAGGUGGGCAGUUGCCCAGAUGCUGAUAUUGAUCCGAAAAAUGUAUGGGGUAAAAAAGAGAAGUUUUAAUUUCCAUACUUAGAUAGCUCAAACAAUACUUGCCGACCUCUAAAUUAAAAGAGCAUUUACUGCAGUAUUUAGGACAGUUAUUUUGAUGUACAUCAAAGGAACGCACGAUCUGUUAACUCUGCAUUUGUACAGGGCACAACACAGCUCCUUUACCUCGAUAACAACUAUCUCGUUAAAAAUAACCCUGCUUGUCUGAAUAGAAGUUGAUGGACGCAUCUAUUAUUGUGCGAAGGAUAACCGGAAAUUUAACGUCACUGUUACGCACCAAAAAAAAUGGUUGCAAGGCAACAAAGCUCGUAGAUAAAAAGAAACGGAAAAUUUAACACUUGAUGAAAGUAAAGAUCAGCUUGAGGCCUCUGUAAUUGGAGAGGUUAAGCGUGACGGUGACGUCAAACGCAGAAGAGUAGGAGUUUAAUUCCUCUCAUCUGUUUCUAGGUUAAAAUCAUUUAAAUCAGCGGGGCAAAAGAGAUUUUAAACAGUGUUCUAUGAAAUUAAUUUAAUUGUAAGAAAAGUGAGCGAAAUCAGAGAUUAAUUUUGUCGCUUGCGUUGCCUUGAACAGAAGUCUUUAAAACACUAUUGUUUUUGGUUAAAACUUAAAGCAAAUCAAGUGGUAAAUUUGUUCUGAACUGGCAAAAUCUUGAACAAAAGGCAAACACACAACAGUUUUGAAUUAGGAAGAAAACCAUGCGCUAACUUGAUAGAUAAAAUUAAAAGCUUACGUUGAAUAAGAUAAAGGGUCGUCUGGCGUAGAUGAUCAUUGGUCUUUUUAAGAGGCUUCAGAUCUGAUGAAGUGGAUCAUAUCUAUCUUCAAGGGUUAAGUGCAUUUAAAGUCAUUGCAGAAGAAGAUAUCUGAAAAAAUUCAGACUUCGAUCUCAUUCCUUUCAGAUUCUAGUUGGACGCAUCUACCAAUUGAGCUUCAAAGCUCCAUGUUGUGAACAAGUGAGCGCAUCACUUGUUGUCAUAUCUACAGGUCAAAUUAUAAUUUACAUGUAUAUCGCAUUUACCAUUUGUGAUCAAACUCCUCGGUAACAAAGAGCCCGAAAUUAUUUGCCUCGCUCUCGUCCUGUGGCUUCAUAGCUCAGUUGGUACAGGGAGCCCAGCGAGUUAGAGUCUGGUGAGGACGAUUUCGAUCCCCGAAGAUAUGCAUUUUGUCAGACUUUUUCUGCAGUGAUCUGAAUUUAAGUCAUCCUGUGAAAAUCAAAUCGUUUUGGUUAUCACAUAUCAUCAUGCGGUUUAUUUCGUGUACACUACUUAUAAUCCGUGUUAAAGUCUUCUUCAUAAGUGUUCAUCGGCGCUAUGUAAACUCAACGCUACUCUCAGCAUCAGUCUAAUAAUACCUGCGUCUAGUUGCUAGACAUUGACCUCUGAUAAAAUGGCUUAUUCUCGUUACCUGUUUUCUGGACAAUAAACCAAAUUUUUAAAGAGUAAAUUACGUGUGGAUCACUUCUGACCGUGAAUGGGCUUAAACUCUCAACUAUUGAAGAUACGGUUCAAGUCUAAGUUCGCGCCAUCCUCUUGGCCACUUAGAUGCGAAAGUAAAACCGAUUGCAACUCAGUCGCCCCCGUUUUCCCGGCUGGCUCUGGGCGCUUGUUUUUACUGAAAGUUCUCAUUGGCUUCUUGUGAUACUUUCCUGUGGUCUGAUUGGCCGUUACGAUUACUUUGGUUUUUUUAGUAUGACGCUCUAAUGAAAUGAGCUGUAACGGGAAUGAAACUGUAAAUACUGUUAGUGCGAACAAGACGUAUCUGACAAUGUUCCACUUUUUUUAUAUUUUAUAGGAAAACGGUCUCCAUUUGUGCACUAGCAAGGCCAAGGAGGCCAAACUGGAGGGAAGAGUUGAUGCAGAGGACGAGUCUCCAGGCGACAGCAGUGAAGAUUCCUACGACUGGAGGUCACGACGUAAGACGGCUAACAUUAUUGACAGCGUCAAAAAGCGUGUUGCCAUGAAGAAAUCCAAAGCCACGGAGCAAUGCGCAUGUUCAGAUGGUGGAGAAGAGGAAACCGAUACUUCUACCGUUCAACCUGAGAAGAGUUUGUCGUUGGAUGAGAAAUUGGAAGAGCUGGUUCCAGAAAAGAAGACCCUUUCGCCUGAGGCCCAGAAAUGUCUGAGUCUGGAUCGUAACAGAUCCCUCUUCAAGAGCGCACCAACUUACAACGCUCUGGAGUGUAUGUUUAUCCCAGCUGUCAGCAACAGUGUCUCCAAUUACAACCCUUUCGACAGCCAUUCUUUGCGUUCUUCGUUUCGUUCCAACGACAGUGGUCUGCCUGAUGGGCUAACGCGUAAUCUUUCCGAUUCCUCAAAAUCAUCUCAAGGUCUGUCUCUCAGCCUUGAGUCAGAUUUGUUCGAGCCGACACCCGGUGACGAUCCUAAAGGCGAGGAGGAUCCGAAUUCAACCGAGAGAGCCCGAGUUCAGACUCAAUCCCACAAGAAUCCAACUCGGCCUAUCUACCACAAAAGCAAUUCCUCUCCUUCGAAGAUCCUGAACUAUGUACAAAGUAAGUUAUCCUUGGGAGAUCGCUCCGCUGGAAGCAGGUCUUCCUCAAGCGAUGAUAACCAAAACGAAGAAGAGACGGAAAAGACAAAUCGCCGUAAAUUCAAGCUGGCUGCAAGAGAUCCCUCAUACAAGAAGAUCCAAAAUUUGCCGGCAUCAAUCGAACUCUCUGUUGAUCUAUUAUCGGACAAUGGCGAUCGCACUGAGAGAGAAAUAGAAGAAGUUAAAGAGGCUCUGUUGUCGCCCACUCUGAGUGAAAAGCCUUUCCGUAAGAGGGCUGGUGCAGUGAGACUAAAAGCUGAGGAUCGCCCUCGAAGUUCUUCUGCCCCAAAUUCUCCAGUCUCGGAAUUCAAGUACCCGCCAGACCUGAAAGUUACAUCGGACUGACUCCCACCAAUAAGGCCGUGAAUCUAGCAGAAAUAGUGUAAGCUGAAAAGAAGGCAUCGAGUUUGUACAAUGUAAGGUAGAGGGGUAGAUAGAACGCGAUGUCUUGUUUUACUAAAAACGUAGUAGAGACGUAAAAGUGAGAGAUGAUAACGGACAGCAUUCACGCGUGUGUGACCGGGCAUGUCUUCGUGCCUAAGAGCAAUGCAACGGCAAAGCUUCCCUAAAAACGACAAUUGUAAACCUAACAAGAGGCACGUUUAAAGUUCUCAGGUGAAAGUGGACUUUAAAAUGACAAGGAAUUUUCUUGUCGAGUGAUUUAAGGAUUUUAUGUGUAAAAUGAAAAAGAAAGUAGGGUAUAGUUCAUGGGGUACAGUUCAAGAGAACACGACUUGAUCACGGAAUACUUUGCAUGAGUUGACGUAGUGCACGUGAUAGGAAUUUGAACCAAUGGCAAAUUUUUUCAGUCUUUGUCGGAAACUGUUUUUGACCUCCGGCUGAUAACGUUAGUGUAAGUUUUGACGGGUUGGGGCGUGUGUUGUGUGUGCAUUUUAUUUACCUGACCCUCAAGCUAAAUAUAACUGUGAUAUCUGCCCGCUGGUUUUUCAAACCCCGUAUGGCUAUAUAGGGCAGCGAGUACACUCUUCGUUUUUCGUAGUAAUUAGUGAAACGAACAAAAAUAUUUUAAAUGCAGCGAGCAAAUACAGUGUUGUUGCUGUUUUUUGGUAAAAAUGAAGAUUGCUCAAUUAAAUUGUUCUCGAAGGUGUGUAAAUUGAUACAGUAGAAAUAUUUUACGAUUUUAAAUUUUAGCAAGCUAAUGACGCUUGAAAGUCAUUUCGGUACAGAAUAUUUUAGAUAAAGAGCUAUAACAUAGAGAACUAUAAGGAGAAGUAAUUUGUAGGAUAUAUUAUUUUCCUUGAAGUACAUUACACUUUGUAAAUCAAAAGUAAAUUAUAGAC